GGUGAUUAAGUAUGUUGUGUGUGCUUGAUUUGUUGACAAACAGAUUACUAGUGAAGUAAUGUAAAUUUCGGGAUUUUUGAAUAAUGUCUGAUUCAGAUGAGGACUACGUUGAAUAUGGAACUCCUCUAGACCCUUUAGAUGAAGAUGCUGUUCCCAAGAAAAAGCCAUUCAGGCUGGAAGAAAUUGUUGCUAGGAAUAGCAAACAAAGGUUUCAUGGAGCUUUUACUGGAGGUUUUUCUGCUGGUUUCUUUAAUACUGUUGGCUCAUUGGAAGGAUGGACACCAUCAACCUUCAAGUCCUCUCGAUCAGACAAGGCACAGAGAAAGAUUCAGAAACCAGAAGACUUUAUGGAUGAUGAGGAUGUAGGUGAAUUUGGCAUAGCUCCAAAGGUUCUCCGUUCAACAAGUGACUAUGCUGAUCACCUCAAUGCAAGAAAAAGAGAGAGGGUGGGCCCAGCAACUGGACCCAUUCCAGGAGAGCCAGUUUUAAAGCAGCUGCUACAGCCAGCAAGGGACACAAUUGGCAUUAAGCUUCUGAAACGUAUGGGAUGGAAGCCAGGCCAAGGUGUUGGUCCUCGUCUUACUAAGAAGGAGAAGAAGCAAAGUAGAAAAGAACAUUUGAAAAUGACAAAGAAGGUUUACGGUUGUGCUCCUCCAGAAUCGACUGACGGUUAUAAUUCGAGUGGAAAUAGUAGUGAAUCUUCAGAUGAAGAAGACGAGAACAUUACAUUUGCCCCAGAUGACUAUGAACCUUUUUUGUGCAAACCCAAAGACAACUGCUUUGGCAUUGGAUACUCUGGUUUAGACAGAAGAUCAGUUUUGUCUAGCCAUAUCAACCUUUUCCAGCCAUCUUCACUUAUAAUGAAUGAAAAAAAUAAGAAGGUGUCAAUAUCUGGACAGGCAUUUGGUGUUGGAGCAUUAGAAGAGGAGGAUGAAGACAUAUAUGCACUGGAGGAUAUGUCUCAGUAUGACUUUAGUUUGGGAGGCAAUGACUCACAGAAGCUCCAAAAGAAGAAAGACUCAGUUAGAAGGGAUAAUAAUAAGGAAGACACUCUGGAUGGAUUUGUCUCUGCCACACACUCAGUUUCUUCGAGGAAAUUUUUCCCUCCUCCAGAGUUACCACCAAACUUUCAGCCAUUCCAUACAGUUCGCAAGACACGUUUCGAAUCUGCACCUGACGAAAGUCAAGAGAACAACUUUAGAAAAAUGGGUCUGCAAAGACACGCAUUGUCAUCUAAUGACAGGGCACAAAUUUUAAAUGACAAUACUUGUAUGCAUAUGACAGCUUCAGAAGAAAGUGAAAUGGAUGAGAAUAAAAUGUUGGCCAAAGAAGCUGCAAAAAUUACUGAGAAACUCUCUGAAAACUCAGUUGCAACAAAGUUCUGUCCAUUUGCAGGACGUCCAGAUAAACAGAGCCGAUAUGAACAGUAUACUGCCCUGGUUAAAGCUGGAAGGAAAGCUGAUUUUGCAAAAUGCCAGCCACUGGAUAUGACAGAGUGGCAGCGGGAGCAAGAAGUGGCAGAAUUUGAGCGUGUGGCCAAACUGGAGGCAGCCAUGAAUGACCGAUUUGUCCCAGCCUCUGCUCCUGGUGCUGAUGUUUUGCAAGAAGAAAUCCCAGCAUGUGUAUCUGCAGCUAAGGCAAAGAUGUUUGGCAAGCUCACCAGAGAGCGCUGUGUCUGGAAACCAACGAGUUUGCUCUGCAAGCGCUUCAAUGUUCCUGAGCCUCAGGCCGGUAUUAGCCAGCCGUCUGCAUCUCUAGUGAGAAAGAAAGGAGUGAGCAAAUUCUCAGUAUUUGAUUUCCUAGAUGCAGCAAAUCAUAAUAUCAAACUGACUGAGGCUCAAGUAACUGAUGAAGCUGAAACUGCCAAGACUUCAGCAGUGUCCCCUGUUCAGAAAAAAGAAACUGUUCCUCAAACACAAUCUACAACAUCAUCAACAGUUGCAGAUAAGGAUCUGACAGACCAGACAAAUGAUGAUCGGGUGAUGGACUUUGCUGAUCCACCCUCAAAAAUGGACCUGUACAAAGCUGUGUUCCUUAGCAGUAGUGAAGAUGAAUCAGCAUCUGAAGAUGAACGUACUAAUGCAGAUAAGUCACCUAGUCAGUCUGCAAUUACUCAACACAUUAAAUUGGAGCCAGGCAUCACAAGAGCAGCUGAAGAAGUACCUGGUAUUUCAUCAUUUGGAAGGUCAUCUUUUGCAGCAACAGAACCGUUGAAGCAGACACCAGCAAGCGCACUCAAUAUUUUGAGGAAUACAUCACCACCUCGAGGGAUUUUUUCCAAUCUAGACCUUGAUGCAAUUAAUACUCAAAUUAAGGAAGGAAUGCAGGGAAAAUCUUGUGAUUUUAAUCUUGGACUAAACAGAACAGAUUCUGACCCAAUACGAUCCUCUGAAGACACCGUUAGUGCUGAUGCAAUAUCAGGAGCAAAAACAACCACAGGAGGUAGCAAACCUGCACAGGCACCAGUAGAUGAUAACAGUGCAGCCAUGGAAAGUGCAAUGUAUGGACCCUCUCUACCAAGUACACCUAUUCCCCAUGUAACUAAAAAUACAAAGCUAAUAUCAGAGUCUAAUCUGACAGAUGAACUGUCAUCUUUCAUUUGGGUUGAGAAGAAAAAUAAAAUUUCACGCAGAGAGAAACAUAAGAAGGAACAUAAAAAAGCAUCAAAACAUAAGAAACAUAAAUCAAAAAAGCAUAAGAAAAGUAAACAUUAAUUUAAUGUAUAAUAGUAAAUGUGUACAUAUAUGUAAAGUAAAUGUCGUGUUGAUAUCGGCCUAUCAUUACCGUAUGAUGAUUUCCUGUUGCUCAAUAUUUUCAUCUUUCAUGGUACUGGUGUGUGUGUGUGUGUGUGUGUGUGUGUGUGUGUGUGUGUGUGUGUGUGUGUGUGUGUGUGUGUGUAGGGGGACACGUGUUGAUUACUUGUUUCAAAUGUCAUUAGUUUGGGUAUGUGCUGUCGUGGUACUAGACUAUAUUUGUAAAUUGUAAUAGUGUAGAUACUGCAGGCAGAAUUUGUAUGUUUCAAGGAAUGUAUUACUGGUCUCUCACCUGAAAUUAGUAAUAUUUAUAUAUGGAAAAAUAUUUUUAAAAAAAGUCAAUUAAAAUAACAUUUUGGCUCUCUUUGACCAUAUAUGUUUGAGUAAGAGUACAGUUAUGCGGCACAUAAAAUUUUCAUUUUUUUAAUGUGUCAAUUACACAAUGAACAACAAUCCUUAUGAUAGUCCUGUGGAUAGUUGUGACGUGUAUUAGUGGCAAGAAGUAAUAUGCAAACAAAUGUGUCAAGGUCAAUAAUAAAUACACAUUUCUAUUUCAAAAUUUGGUCCAUUAGUUGCUGCCAUAAAUGAUUUUAACUCACAUUGAGAUUUUAUUGCUGUAACUCUUUUAUACUGUUGAUCUCAUGUUAUAAAAGGUGUUGUAACAACCUGGUCAACUGAUAUGAAACUGAAUCCUCUCUUUUCUUAUCAUGUCUUCAGAUUACAUUUGUAUACAUUUAGUUCCCAUCUUUCCCCACAUGUGCCUGAUAGUGAAAUGGAAGCUUUUUUUUAGAGGUGCAGUGGGUAUGAAAAGUAGAUUGACAUAUGUGGAUGUCCCCUUGCAUAUGAACUGCUUUAUUUGUUGAUUAUUGAGACUUCUCAAUCUGCGGAAUAUUGUGCCCAAAAUGUGUUUAGAUAGUGGGGGACGAGGACAAACAUGACCUUCCAGCUACUAAACAGAGUAAUGGAAGUAUUGACUUGUGAUCUACAUCAUUCUGACACAAAAUACAAGAAUGUUCAGCUCAUUCUACUUAAACUUCUCAACCAACAAAAGGGAUUGAUUACCAGCUUGUGGAGAUUGGGCAAAUGUAUGAUCCUUACUACUGCUGGCUUGUUAUCUGUCAUAGGUGUGGAUCUCACACCACCUCAUUGUGCCCCACAGCUGUGCUAGCUGAAUAUAAAUAGGUUACACUAGUGAUUUUAGAGUUGAAAUUCUAAAUGUGGGAAGUUUGCAAAUUAAAUGUAAGCAAAACUGAUUUAUAAUGGUAGA